AAAAUCUUCUAAAUGGGAAGCCAAAUGAAGAAACAAUGGCUUCAUUUUGCUUGUGCUUUGGCAUUUUUCUUGAUUGCCACAUGCACUAUGGCAUAUUCACCUUAUUCUUAUGAAUCAUCAGAUUCAACCUACAAUAAAGUACCAACCACAGAAGUCAAAAGUGAAGACUUCAAGGUACCCUCAGAGUCGGAAAAGGAAUAUAAGGUGUCAUUUUUGCCGAAAAAUGAUUACUACAAGAAGUCAUCAGUUUCAGAAGAAAACUACAAGAAGGUGUCAUAUGUUCCAAAAGUACCAUCAAUGGCUAAACCAGAAUAUAAAGACUCAUUUUUUCCAAAAUUUGACUACUUUAAGAAGCCAUCAGUUCAAGAAGACGACUACAAGAAGGCGUCAUAUGUUCCAGAGGUACCCUCAAAGGCUAAACCGGAAUAUAAGGAGUCGUCUUUUUCAAAAUUUGACUACUUCAAGAAGCCAUCAGUUUCAGAUGAUAGCUACAAAAAGGAGUCAUAUGUUCCAAAGGUACCCUCGAUGGCUAAAUCAGAAUACAAAGAGUCAUCUUUUCCAAAAUUUGACUACUUAAAGAAGCCAUCAGUUUCAGAUGAUAGCUACAAAAAGGAGUCAUAUGUUCCAAAGGUACCCUCGAUGGCUAAACCAGAAUACAAGGAGUCAUUUUUACCAAAAUUUGACUACUUUAAGAAGCCAUCAGUUUCAGAAGAUAGCUACAAAAAGGAGUCAUAUAUUCCAAAGGUACCCUCAGUGCCUAAGAAAGAAUACAAGGUACCUGUUUUGCCUAAGAAUGACUACUUUAAGAAGUCAUCAGUUCCAGAAGAUAGCUACAAAAAGGUGUCAUAUGUUCCAAAGGUGCCCUCGGUGCCUAAAGAAGAAUACAAGGUGCCUUCUUUGCCAAAAAAUGAUUACUACAAGAAGUCAUCAGUUUCAGAAGAUAGCUACAAAAAAGUGGCAUAUGUUCCAAAGGUGCCCUCAGUGCCUAAAGAAGAAUACAAGGCGUCUUCUUUACCAAAAAAUGAUUACUAUAACAAGCUAUUAGCUCCAAAAGAUAACUACAAAACGGUGACAUAUGUUCCAAAGGUGUCCUCAGUGCCUAAAGAAGAGUACAAGGUGCCUUCUUUGUCAAAGAAUGAUUACUACAAGAAGCCAUCAAUUCCAGAAGAUAACUACAAAAAGGUGUCAUAUGUUCCAAAAGUGCCCUCGGUGCCUAAAGAAGAAUACAAGGUGCCUUCUUUGUCAAAGAAUGACUAUUACAAGAAGCCAACAGUUCCAGAAGAUAACUACAAGAAGGUGUCAUACGUUUCAGAGGUACCCUCAGUUGCUAAACCUGAAUACAAGGUGCCUUCUUUGCCAAAGAAUGACUACUACAAGAAGCCAUCAGUUCCUGAAGAUAACUAUAAAAAGGUGUCAUUUGUUCCAAAGGUUCCGUCAGUGCCUAAAGAAGAAUACAAGGUGCCUUCUUUUUCGGAAAACAACUACUACAAGAAGGCAUCACCUUCUCCAUCACCACCACCUCCAUAUUAUUAAAUUUCCAUCUUUCAUGUUCAACAUGUUUCAAGGAAGUCCUCCAGCUCAACAUAUAUAACUCAUAGAGUUCUCAUAUUAUGAGUUCUAUCUCAAAAUUUGUAAUUCUUUAUUUGUUUUAUUUUCCAU